ACUGCCCAUUUAUAGUUGUUGAUGAGAUCAAUCAAGGUUGGUUAGUCUUUGAAGUAAAUUCUUUCGGGAUUAACCGCAGACAGCACUUAAGAGACCUUCAUUGACUCUAUUUUUAUCAGGUAUGGACCCAAUAAAUGAAAGGAAAAUGUUUCAGCAAUUAGUGAGAGCAGCAAGCAAGCCAAAUACACCACAGUGUUUCUUACUUACCCCAAAGUUGUUGCCAGAUCUGCAAUAUAGUGAGGCAUGCAGUAUAUUGAAUGUAAUGAAUGGCCCUUGGAUUGAGCAACCCUCAAAGAUCUGGAGUACCACUAGUGAUCAAUGGAGUAUUAUCACUGGACAUGUUGAAUGUUAAAGUUAAAAAAGAAUAUGUUGGAGUUGCAGCAUGGAGAUCAAUAGCGCUUAUUUAGCAUUUUGUAUAGUUUUAUUUUUUGUAUGUAGACGAAGUGGUAAAUACCACUGAAACU